AUGUUAAUGACGCAGCAGGCAGCCGUCGGACAGGCCACGCCCCUUAAAGGACCCACAGUCCGUUCGGCUGGGCAGGGCUGGGCAUGGAGGACCCGACUGGGUCAGACACCACACUUCUCGUCUCUAAGUGGGCUGGCUGCACAGCCCUGUGCGGCGCCCGCCCUCUUCUCGGUGCCUGCUUCUGCCAGGCCUGGUCUAACAUCCUGGCUGCAGACACCUGUGCACCUGCAGGUGAGAGGGACCGGGGGACCGUCCUCGUCCCUGUCUCCUCUCCGCCCCGGUCAGACCGAGCCGGAGGGCGGCUCCUCUCCUCCAGGAAGCCCCAGUGGGGAGGAGGCGGGGCUCAGAGCCACGUCGCGGCCCGUGGCCCCUCACCGCACCCUGCCCCGCCCUGAGACCGGCCCGGGCCCGAGCGCUGACCCGCGCGGCGUCCCCACGCUCCGCCAAAUGGCCGACCCGGGCGCAGACCCCGAGGCAGAGCCCGAGUCGGUGUUCCCGCGAGAGGUCGGGCUCUUCGCGGACUCGUACGCGGAGAAGAGCCGCUUCUGUUUCUGUGGGCACGUGCUGAGCAUCACGCAGAACUUCGGGUCCCGCCUGGGGGUGGCCGCGCGCGUGUGGGACGCGGCUCUGAGCUUGUGCAACUACUUCGAGAGUCAAAAGGUGGAUUUUCAAGGCAAGAAAGUGAUUGAACUGGGUGCAGGGACAGGCAUCGUGGGGAUCUUGGCUGCGCUGCAAGGGGGGGAUGUUACCAUCACUGACCUGCCUGUGGCCCUGGAACAGAUCCAGGGCAAUGUCCAGGCCAAUGUACCGGCGGGAGGCCGGGCCCAGGUCUGCGCCUUGUCCUGGGGGAUUGACCAGCAUGUCUUCCCUGGAGACUAUGAUCUGGUGCUGGGGGCUGAUAUCGUGUACAUGGAGCCCACCUUCCCACUGCUGCUGGGGACCCUCCAACACCUGUGCGGGCCCCAUGGCACCAUCUAUCUGGCUUCCAAGAUGAGAGAGGAGCACGGGACAGAGAGCUUCUUUCAGCACCUCUUGCCCCAGCAUUUCCAACUGGAGCUGGCCCAGCGGGAUGAGAACGAGAAUGUCAACAUCUAUAGGGCCAGGCGCAGGGAACCAAGACCUGCUUGACAGCAUCCUUCUGCGCCACUGAAUCUCUUGUCCUAAUGAAGAAAAUGUCGUAUCUCUGAAGCCAUAAACUUAAGGACACCAAAAGCAGCAUUAUAGAUCUCUUCUACAUCCGAAGAACUCGGGCUUUUGCUGGGGGACUAAAAAGGAAGAAGUCUUAGACCAUACACUUCUUGCUUCUAUAGAUAGAGUCUGGUGGGACCAAGGCUUUAGUUGGGUUAAGUCAUUCUGCCCCAAAGCAGUCCUUUGUUGAAGCUGGAGUCUUGAUACUAAAUACCAUGUUCUCUCUGAUUUUUCUUGAGGUUUCCAAGCCCUUGUCAGUCCCUCCUUCCCAGUGUGUGCCUUCACUUAUCUUCUCUCCCCAUGGUGGUCUCAGUGGUUGGGGCUCUUUUUACUUAACAUCUUGUGUCACCUCCUCUGUAUUCCUGGCCUCUUGUUUGCUCCCUCGAAAGCAAUUUUGAUAGCACUUGUGACCUUCCAGUUCCAGCUCUGAUUAGCUUCCACUGCCUACAGAAGCAUAUCUAAGCACCUCUGCUUGAUACUAUUUACCCACCCAUGCACUCCGACAUUACCCUGCUACUUCAUUUCCUCUUGGCUUCCUACCUGUAUUGCAAUCUCUUGUCAGCUGACAGAAGCUCUGCUCUUUAUUUCCUAAAGAAAUCUCAAGAUUCCCUUAUUUCUUCCUUUAUUCUUUCUGGUGAUUCUUUGCUUACAAGGGACAAUUUGACUGUCAAAAUCUUUAUUACCUCUUUUCUGAAAAAGGGAAAAAAAAAAAUCUUUUCCCGAGCCUGCUCUUUGGAUGUUAUUUCCUUCUCUCAAGGAUCUUCAAUGGCUUGUUCAUCUUAGGGGACUUUCCUUGUCUUUUCUGGUUAUUUUCUCCCAGUUUUCUCACCAUUAUAUAACCUUGGAUGAUAGGCUUGUGGUUUCCUCAUCUCUGAUUCCCUGAAGCCCAGUACUCUUUCUGGAAAAACAGCAGAUGUCCAACAAACAUUUUGCUCAUUCAAUACAUUUUUCCUGGGUUUGCCGAAGGAGAUUCCAUCCUUUCCCUUCCUAGGUGACCUUGGCCACAUUUCCGACUACCUCCCAGGUUGAGAGCCAUGAGUGGAUUAUGACUAUGAGAGCACAUUGGAAAUAAAG